GCCGCCGCCCCACCAUGAUCAAAGCCAUCCUCAUCUUCAACAACCACGGCAAGCCGCGGCUCUCCAAGUUCUACCAGCGCUAUAGUGAAGAUACACAGCAACAAAUUAUCAGAGAAACUUUCCAUUUAGUAUCGAAACGUGAUGAAAAUGUCUGUAAUUUUCUAGAAGGAGGACUAUUAAUAGGUGGAUCUGAUAACAAACUAAUUUACCGACACUAUGCCACCUUGUAUUUUGUCUUCUGUGUGGAUUCCUCAGAAAGUGAGCUUGGUAUUUUAGAUCUCAUACAACUAAUAUCAAACAGCACUGUCCUUGUAACUGCAUUCUCCUAUGGUGCAAGGAAAGUAUUUGUGGAAACACUAGACAAAUGUUUUGAAAAUGUCUGUGAGCUGGAUUUAAUCUUCCAUGUAGACAAGGUCCAUAAUAUAUUGGCCGAAAUGGUCAUGGGUGGAAUGGUUUUGGAGACCAACAUGAAUGAAAUUGUCACUCAGAUUGAUGCUCAAAAUAAACUGGAGAAAUCUGAGGCUGGUUUAGCAGGAGCUCCAGCCCGGGCUGUUUCAGCUGUAAAGAAUAUGAAUCUGCCAGAGAUCCCAAGAAAUAUUAAUAUUGGUGACAUCAGUAUAAAAGUACCAAACCUGCCCACUUUUAAAUAACAUGGCUACUCCAGGUAAUACCAAGGAAGAAAUGUAAUAGAGAUUUACUGCGAAUUGUUUACUAAAUAAACAUGUCUAACUUUUACUGUUUGGAUAAAACUCAAGGUACUGCAUAGACAUAACCUGAAAAAUCAGUGUGUGGAGUUGAAUGUUGCUUUUGUCUUGUUUGUGAAGUUAAAGGAAAGGGGUAGUUCCAUGUGAUUUCUAAACUACAUUCCUAUGCCCUUGCAAGGCAUAUCACUGUGUCUCGGCUGCUGCAGUAUUUUGGGGAAGUACUUAAGAUGUUCUUUACUUUGUAUAACCUACCAUGCUGAGGUUUUUUGUAUAUUCACCAAAGUCUAUAAUUAGUGCGUUCUUUAACUACUUCUGUUUGUCAUGAUUAUUUAAGUGCAAAUGUUGCAUGAAAACAUUUAACUCAUGUUAUGUUUAAAUAAAAUCCUAACAAACUGGACUUCGAAAUACCUGUCUUUUGAAGUCUACUAUUUGCAAUAAGCCACAUUAUUUCCUAUUCAUGGAGCCAGUUGACUAUAUAUAAAUACUGCUGUAGCAGACGUUGAUGUUGUAGUUUAAUCUCUGAAGGUCUUACACAGGGGUAUUGUGCUGAACAUAUUGGCUCUUUACAUUUCUUACAAAAGCUGUUCAUUAUUAUUCUGGAGGAAGAAACUGCCUUUACUGAAGAUCUGAUGACUUUUUUUUACGUAUGGAUGUUGAUACUUACACAAUCUGAUAAACUUUCACUGGUGGUCUGACUUUGUUUUGGGGAAAAAUGGGCUCUGUAAUUGCUCUGUGCUGUGAGAAGCACAGAAUGGGCUUAGGAGAUUGGACAGCUCAAACCUGUACAUGACAGUCUAUCAAAUAAUGUGAUAAAGAAAGGCACACUGGAAAGAUAAAUGGGGUUAUUUUAAUAGGGCCUCUGUGCCUGGUGACAUUUGUGAUUCUUUACUUUGAGAAUUAGAUUUAUGAGACACAUAGUAUUGUCAAGACCUCAGAGAAAUCUAAGUGCUAUCACCUCUGCGUAAGUUGCUCAGCUCUUAAACUCUUCUGUGAUUUAAAAAACAUAAAGGGGGAUAGUUAUUGUUUUUUAUAAUCAUGCUCUUAAGCUCUGUGUGAUGUAUAAGUCUGUUUAAAUGAAUAAUAAAAAUAUCAUUGGGAUACUUAA